AUGCGGCGAAGAGACGCUUAUACGGAACUAUUAUCGUGACGUACAGUGCAGAAAUUUUAAGCAUGGCGUCGGGUUAUUCGUACAUGUUAAAAAGUAUUUUGAUACGAUUUACAAAUCCCGCCGUGCUACGACGUGGGCAAACAUGCUUGGUGCCAGCUUUUCAGAAGUCAAGUGUAAGUGGUUCUUCGCCUGCUGACUACAACUGUCAAGUGGAAAUCGGUUUGACUUCAGAUGAAAAAACCAUAGUCUGCUACCAUCCCCCAUUAGAUGUUCCCUAUGAACUAACACUGCCCAUUGAACGACCAGACCCUCUGACCAACCCAGCUGAGACACUUGACCAGGUGCUGAAGGUCCACCUCAGUAAAGAGGUUUUGAAGAACAAAGAAGGACCCACUAUAGAGGAGCUAAGCAAGAUGUUUUUCACAACCAAACACCGCUGGUAUCCAAGAGGACAGUACCACAUGAGACGCAUAAACAAGAAUCCUCCAAAAGACCGAUAACUGAGGAUGAUCUACUCAGUACUCAAGUCACCAAAUGACUCAUAUAUGGUUGUCUGAUUGUCAUUAUUCUGUGUAAUAAAGUGAUAAAUAUUGUGUGCUCAUGAUGUCUUUUGAUGGUUUAAUUGAUAAAAAUGUUGGUCUUUUACUUACAGUGGCUUGCAAAAGUAUUCAUACCCCUUGAACUUUUCCACAUUUUGUCACGUUUCGACCACAAACAUAAAUAUAUUUAUUGGAAUUUUAUGCGAAAGACCAACACAAAGUGGCACACAAUUGUGAAGUUCAAAGAAAAUUAUACAUGAUUUUAAAAAAAAUUUACAAAUAAAAAACUGAAAAAUGCGGUGUGCAAAAGUAUUCAGCCCCCCUGUGUCAAUACUUGGUGGAACUGCCUUUUGCUGCAACUACAGCUGCAAGUCUUUUUGGGUAUGUCUCUACCAGCUUUGCACAUCUAGAGACUGAAAUUUUUGCCCAUUCUUCUUUUCAAAACAGCUCAAGCUCAGUCAGAUUAGAUGGAGAGCGUUUGUGAAUGGCAGUUUCCAGAUGUUGCCACAGAUUCUCAAUUGGAUUUAGGUCUGGGCUUUGACUGGGCCAUUCUAACACAUGGAUCUGUUUUGUUUUAAACCGUUUCAUUGUAGCCCUGCCUUUAUGUUUAGGGUCGUUGUCCUGCUGGAAGGUGAACCUCCACCUCAGUCUCAAGUCUUUUGCAGACUCCAACAGGUUUUCUUCCAAGAUUGCCCUGUAUUUGGCUCCAUCCAUCUUCCCAUCAACUCUGACCAUCUUCCCUGUCCCUGCUGAAGAGAAGCACCCCCAGAGCAUGAUGCUGCCACCACCAUGUUUGACAGUGGGGAUGGUGUGUUCAGAGUGAUGUGCAGUGUUAGUUUUCCGCCACACAUAGCGUUUUGCAUUUAGGCCAAAAAGUUCAAUUUUGGUCUCAUCUGACCAGAGCACCUUCUUCCACAUGUUUGCUGUGUCCCCCACAUGGCUUCUGGCAAACUGCAAAUGGGACUUCUUAUGGUUUUCUUUUAACAAUGGCUUUCUUCUUGCCACUCUUCCAUAAAGGCCAGAUUUGUGCAAUGCACGACCAAUAGUUGUCCUGUGGACAGAUUCCCCCACCUGAGCUGUGGAUCUCUGCAGUUCGUGCAGAGUCACCAUGGGCCUCUUGGCUGCAUCUCUGAUCAGUGCUCUCCUUGUUCGGCCUGUAAGUUUAGGUGGACGGCCGUGUCUUGGCAGGUUUGCAGUUGUGCCAUGCUCUUUCCAUUUCCGGAUAAUGGAUUGAACAGUGCUCCGUGAGAUGUUCAAAGCUUGGGAAAUCUUUUUAUAGCCUAACCCUGCUUUAAACCUCUCCACAACUUUAUCCCUGACCUGUCUGGUGUGUUCCUUGGACUUCAUGAUGCUGUUUGCUCCCCAAUAUUCUCUUAACAAACCUCUGAGGCCGUCACAGAACAGCUGUAUUUGUACUGAGAUUAGAUUACACACAGGUUGACUCUAUUUAGUCAUUAGGUCAACAUUCGAUCAUUCAGCAACUUCUGAAGGCAAUUGGUUGCACUCAGAGAAAAGGGGGCUGAAUACUUUUGCACACUGCACUUUUCAUUUUU